AUAAGUAAAACUACCCCUGCCUACCCCCCAACCAAAUUCAAAGGCGUGAAGUUAUAUAACAUAUUUUUGUGUGGUUCAGCGCUGACGCCGCCGCCAGUCCGAGAGUACUCCACUUUACCUACGCCGGUUGCAGCUCCAAAAGAGAUUAUGCAGGAGACGCCGGUGAAGGUGACCGCUGGCAUCGCGGCAGGAGAGGUCAAUGAAGCUCUGCAGCAUCAGAUCAAGGUUCUGAGCUGGACAGUGGAACGCGAGCGCGCCGCCCGAGUCUCAGCGUGUCGUAAAGCAGAGCGCGCCGCGUUACGAGCUCUGCGGCCAUUGGAGCACCCUGCCUCCCCCGCCGCCGCCGCUAGGAGACAGGCCGCGGCACAACUUGAGCGGGAUCUGGCUAAGUUACAGACGGAAUGGACGAUGUUCGUGGCUCGGUCAGGACUGGUGAAGUUCCCGUCGGAGCCUGGCCAGUAUGCACACGCGCUGCAGCUGCACAAGGACAAACAGAGGGAGAUUAGGAGGCAACUCGAGACCCGCCUGGCGUCCCUGCAGGCGGAGGUCCGCCAGCAGUUGUUGCUGCACCGCCCGUGGCGCUGUGUGGAGGCCGACUUCGCAGAGUUCCCGGCGCCCGAACUAGCCGCGGUGCUAUCAUCGAAGUCUGUAGACGUGGGCACGAUAAAGUACCCAGCGCCCUCUACUGGACAGACGGAGGACACUAUAUUCGUCACUCCUGCGCAACUCGCCAAAUUACGCGAAUUGGUGACAGAACUUCAAUCGGACGACGUGAAACUGGAACUACUGCCGCUGGACAACACCGUCUGUGCUGCUUAAAUAUAGAGGGUACUUUGAUAACAAGCAUAAUGUUAGAGUGAGAUACGUGUGAAAGAGAUAGAGAUAUCUAUUGUUAAUUAUAUAGGGUGAAAUAUUGUAAUGCUAUCUGAAGGGAAGUACUGUCAAUACUUUAGA